CUUAACCUUAAACAGAUCAAUAAAGGGAAGGUACGAGUAAUUCAAGCGGAUCACGCGAUAUGGCCGACUCUAAGGCACCUAGUAAAAAAACCAGAGACAAUAAAGAAAUAGAGGCACAAAGAGAAACAGCAUAUAGCUCUAGCGAAUCCAGCGUGAGCAAUGAAGAUGAGUCUCUUGGUCAAAUAGGGCAAGGAGUAGCUACGGCAUCUAUUACUAUAAACCGGGAGGAAUAUCUUCUGGCUUAUAAGGAUCUAAUUUUAGAUCGAAACCACGUACAAAUAAGAAACAAUUUACUUCACCGUCGCCUCGCUGAAUAUUAUAAAAAAAGGAAACUGGAACACGUUUUAAAACCACUAGAAAAUAAUCCCCAUUUGGAAGAAAAAUAUCAACAGAAGCUCUUUAGUUUCCAAGAGUUAAAGGAAAAGGAAGAUCUUGAAAUGGCUGACAUAAAAGCAAAACUUAAUACCGUUGAAGCUGAAUAUGCAGGUAAGCGGGAGCAAGCAGAGAACAAUUUUGACGGUCUGCAAAACUAUGAAAGAAGUACUGGGACAGGUCUUAUAUAUUCUAAGAAGGGCAAACCGAUUGCAGAUAAGACUGUUCAACGUUUCCUCACAUUGCAAAGACGCAAAAGCGAACAAGCGUCAGCUCUUCGCCUGCGCUAUAUUAGAGCUAGAAACGCUGUCAACGAAUUGGAAACUAUUGUACGUAAAUUGGAAAUUAUAGCUCCAGGGCUGAACGUUGCUCAGUAUGAACAGCUGCACAUCGAUAAUCAAAACUAUUUAUCCAAAAUAGAAGAACGCGAAGAUGAACUUAUAAAAAAUAGGGCAAAUUGUACUGAGCACAAUCAAAUGCUGGCGCAUAUAAGGGAGAAGAUGCAUCAUACUGAUGAGGUCAUAGAUUUUGCUGAAUGUGAUCUUGGUGAUGCUGAAAUUGAACUUCUACGUGCUAGGGAAGACUUGGGAAAUAUUAAGGGCAGACGCGACAAGCUCCGUUGGUCUCUCGAAGCGGAACGAGUGAAAGCCGGGUUGCUCACCAGAAAGGAUUUGUUGCGUGAUUUCCAAGACGCCACCGACGAGGUUAUCAAACUGAGAGAAAAGAAGAAAGAACUUGAGCAAGAAAUUAGCGACACAACAAAUAAAUUACGCGAUGCUAGACACAAAAUGCAGCUUCACCCGCAAUUAUUAAUUUAGUGUGUAUUAAGAAUUCAGCACAAGACACCUGCAAUGUUUUUUCAAGUUUUUUUAAUGAACUUAUCUGUUAUUUUGA